UGACAAGACACGCCCCUUCCCUUUGGAGGCCAUGUGGUCAGGCUGCGGUUGGUAAAUAAAUGCUAAAUGGCGAUUUUCGUCUCGGACGGAUUCUCCCGGAUGAAACUGUGACUGCCGCGGAGCCCUUGGUGCCAAAAUGUCUGCGGACGUGGUGAACCUCCAGGCGCAGGUGGAGACGUUGCUGGGGACGCUGGUCAAAGCGGCUUCGGUGGAGUUGAUCAAACUGUUCGAGAGCAGAUACCGAGCCUUGGAUGUGGGCCCCGCACAGGAAGAGGAGCGGAACGGAGGCUCGGAGUCACCCUGCGCUGUGUGGAAUGGCGACAGGAGACGAAGCAUCGGCGUGCAGGUGGAGGACGACGACAUCAAGCCUGACUCCGCUCUUCUUGAUACUGAUUGCUUGAGGAAGCCCGAUAAGGUGGAGGGCUGUCCAGUUGCUCCUGAAGUCCAGCCGGCUGAAGAUACUGACCAUCAGUGCGCACCUCUGAAGCAUCAGGUGGAUGAGAGCUUACAGGCUAUUAUAGCAGAUUCUGUGGAUACGGUGGAGCUGAGCGGCCCUGAGGCAGGGUCUCCAGGUCACGGUGACGCUCAAAAAGAUGUCGCUUUGCCUGUUUCUGCAGAGGCGGGUUCUGGAACAUCAAAGUGUGGAUCUACCCAGACGUCCCGUCCUAAGCAGAAGCCUCUUCUGAUUCAACCAGAUACGAGAUCGACGUCCUCUGGGGAGAAGGUGAACUUUGUCUGCCCCCUAAUCCUUACGCCAGACUCCUCCAUUCCCGCGGCGGAGAGUUCGGAGAAGCCGGUUCAAGCUGAGCCCCAGCAGGCCUGUGUCAGCACGGCCAAGGGGACCGCCUACAGUCCCUCCUCGUCCGACGGAGCCGCCACCCCGGCACAGGCCGGCGUGUGGGAGCGGAUCCACUCUCCGAAAGACACUAAGAACCACCUGCAGAUGAAGCUGAAGCUCACCUAUCCUGAUCAGAAGCUGCUGCUUCCCUGCGCCGUACAACUGGUCAACCUGCUCUCCAUUCCAGAGACCUGGACCGGGAGGGACGAUGUCGCCAAGGCUCCCGCUGCCAACAACAAACCGGGCUGGACUACACCCAAAGACCUGCGUCGGCAUCAGGGCCCGCACACGGGCCACCGCCUGUGCUGCUUCACCAGGUGCGGGAGCGACAUCUGGCGCCUGCAGAACAUCGUCACGCACUCCCGCGAAGGAUACGUCUGCGACAGCUGCGGCAAGGCGUUCAAGCGGAGGAAGAUCCUCCGGCGGCACGAGCGCUUCCACACCGGGGCGAAGCCGUACCCGUGCUCCAAGUGCUCCAAGGCCUUCGCCCUGAGGAAGAGCCUCCGCCGCCACAUGAGGUUCCACACCGGCGAGAGGCCGCACGCCUGCGCCCAGUGCGGCAAGAGCUUCCGGCUGCGGGACAACCUGAAGGCGCACCUGCGGUUCCACAGCGGAGAGAAGCCCUUCAGCUGCGCCACGUGCGGCAAGACGUUCCGCAUCAUGAGGAACCUGGAGAAGCACAACCUGAGCCAGUGCGAGUUCUUCGUUCCCUCGUUCAGGAAAAUCGCGGGCUUGGGGGUGUGAAGGCGGCGCGCCGUUGUCUACCUGGGACUGAGAACGCCGGACUGCUGGUGGAGGCAGCGGCCCUCUGAAGCAGAUCGAAGAACACGACCGGUCCUCACCAGCUCCUGAUUGCUUUGGCACUACUGUGAUGACACCCUGUGGGGUUCUGGUGUUAUGGAAACCGAAUGCGGUUCUCUACUUUUAACUGUUCCUCAUUCUUGGAGGCUGUGUAGCGCCAGCUCUGACGUGUUGAAGAAGGGCCAGUUCUGCACAUGCUUUCAGAAGCAUUCGGUGGAUGUUUGUUAAGCCGCUUUGAACACGGAGUUUAUGACACAGAUAUAUUUAGGCCUUUUAAAACCAAACCAGGUCCUUUUAUCUAACCUUUUUGAGGCCCUUUCACUAAGCAAUUAAAACCAGGACACUUUGUGGUCGUCUGUGUGUUUGCUGAUGGGGGUCUGAGCUGGGGAGUGCAGACUUGACAAAUUGGUAAUGGCUGACUUUAGUAAAGGUUACGCCAGCGAUGGCAUGAAGUCUGUAAACCCACCCCACCGCUGGGUUUUAAGGGAACACCCACCCGGACCACCUCUAUGAGACGUUUCAGACGCGAUAUUCGUCGCCUAUUAACACACGAUGGUUGGGGUUCGCCGAGACACAACAGAUCGCUGGACCUUGUGAGGCAGAUUCCACGAUGCCGGAUGGUAGCAGGCAGCUAAAGAGGGGUUCUGUCUGCGGUGGUACGAGUACAGAACCACCCUGUUAAAUAGGUUCUCUCCUCUGCUGUUUACUUGGAAUGAGUCUGAUGGCUCGCCUUCGUGUUUUCUGAAUGUAGAUCUCUUUUCCUUUAGCAGUGUUCUUAGUUUUUCAAUUUUUUUUACUCUUUUCUUCAGUCUGUUAAACUGCUGUUCCUUUCUCUCCUCGUCAACUCUUCAUUUUACGAUAUUUUUGCUUUCAGUUUCCGUCACAACGCUUUGAGGGCCAUUUUGGUUUGAUUUCCUAAAAAUAAAAAUCUUCCUGUCUUGUUUGUUCUUGGUCCAAAUUUUAGAUCCAACUGAGAGCGACCUUUGGUCACGUGAUUGAUGACCUUCCUGAGUGCCGCAGAUUUUCUUUUACUUUUCAUUGUUAGAGCUGAAGUUCCCUCACACCAGGCUUAGAUGCAGCAGGGUUUGAACUCUGUAGGCUUGGUUGCUUAUUUCGACCUUUGUUAUUGUGCUUAUGUCCUGUCUUUGGUUUGCUCGACAUAGUCUAAAGCGAUCUGUUUUAAGUUAUCCGUUUUUGCCAUAUGGGUGGUUUUUGUUCUCUGGGACAAAUCAAGCUAUAAUGACAAUCCUCAAUCAGGAUUAUCACGUCCACACUGUACUUUCCUAUUUUAUUUUGCUACUAUUAGCAUUCCUAAAACUCUAAUCUCAUAUCAGCCUCUGGUUGUUUUUGGUCCUCUGUAGUUCGGGGCUGCUUCAGUACCCGACCUUGACGGAUAUGAAAUGGAGCCGUGUGUCACUUGAAGUUUUCUAAGACCACAGGUUUAAGCUUCGUAUUUGUUUCUACAGCCAGUGGUUUAAAGUCCUUUUCUUUAAUCCAGUCAUACUCUACUGUAGGGAACGUGGCCUAUAUGUCACUCGGGUAUUAUGAUUUGAUAAGUGAGUUGUAAACUUUCAUAGUAUGAGGCAACUGGCCCAAAGGGAUCAAAACCAAAGUACCCGUAUUAGAAAAAAUGUCAGUUACAAGCGUUUAACAAAAUAAGAUCUUGUCAAAUUACAUUGUAUGAUAUUUGAGUAUUUGUAUGACCAUUUAUCUCGACAGAUCAUUAAAAAAAGUUGAAGAAGAAAAAUUCAGUAAUAGGAAACGGCUUAAGUACACAGUUUAUUUACGGGUACAAAGGGGAGGAGAAAGGGAGCAAAUGGCAACACGUGGAUGUAAAAUAGUUACUAAUUAGUUAAGAGAUUAAUUAACUAGGAGCCUCGUUAGAACUCAGGAAAAUGUUAGGAUGAUCAACUCUAGACA